GUGAAAGCCCAUCUAAAGCUGGAAGGCCCACGCUAGUAUAUCCUCUUCCCACCUCACGAGUCCUCUUCCUCCUCUUGCCCUAAUCCCCCUCCCUCCCGCAUCCCCCCGGCUCGGCGGCGGCGGCGGCGGCCGGCUCACCAGCGGUAUCAGGAGCAAUGGGGAGGUACAGCCCUGCAUACCAUAGCCCGCCAAGGAGAGGACAUGGCGGCAGGGGAAGGAGCCCGCCGCCCAGGAGAGGCUACGGUGGUGGCGGUGGUGGCCGUGGAGGGCGAGGCGACCAAGGUUCUGUUAGCCUCCUGGUCCGCAACAUCCCGCUGAGAUGCAGGCCUGAGGAGCUCCGAGUCCCUUUUGAACGGUUCGGUCCUGUGAGGGACGUUUACCUGCCAAGAGAUUAUCACACUGGGGAGCCAAGGGGGUUUGGAUUUGUGGAGUUUGUUGAUGCUUAUGAUGCUUCUGAGGCGCAAUACCACAUGAACCGCCAGAUGUUUUCUGGUCGUGAGAUCACUGUUGUUCUUGCUGCGGAUACACGGAAAAGGCCUGAUGAAAUGCGUGGACGAAUGGGGCCAAGAGGCUAUUCUGAUCAUGAAGGGCGUCGAUCUUCUCGCCGUGGGCGUUCUCGUUCAUACUCACGUUCACGCUCUCCGCGUCCCCGAGGCCGUGCUAGAUCCCGGUCAUACUCUCCUGCCCCCAGAAGGCGUGAUGACUACUCUGCCUCCCCACCACGGGCAAAGGAAGAGCACAGGAGGUCAUCGAAGCAGCCUAAAGAACACGAUGGCGACAAGAAGCGUAGAUCCUAUACACCUGAGGAUAGGAAUGAUCGCCGUGCUGCAGACAAUGGUCAUGAUGAGAGGAAGAGGUCCCCAGGCGCAGCAGCAGAGGACGAUGAGGAGCCUCGUCGUGGGCGCCGCAGGUCACCCCGGCCGGCGUCUGUGUCGCCCCCAGGGUCACGGUUGAGGUCGGCGACACCAGCCAGUAGCGGCUGAUGUCAAACGGCUGGCUGCUACUAGAUAGGCAGGCGUUGUUUGUAGCUUCCCUUACAUAUUAUUCGCCAAAGUGUAUCACGUCGUCUCAUCUGUGUGAAGGGAUGGUUGAAGGUACUAGUAGUCGCAGUCGGAAGUUGUGAGUUUUGUUGCCGAGAAUGAUGGACUUAGGAGGUUCGACGAGAGCCGAGAAUGAUGGGUGGAUUGAAGGUACUAGGAUGGGAAGAGUCGAGAAGGGUGGAAUGUGGUGUUUUGUUGUUGAGUGAGGGAGCGAGUUGAUAAGAUAGCUGUUUGGUGUUGUUUUUUAAGUUGAUUGAUUGAUGACAUGGUGAGUGAUUUUGUGGUGUUUUUGC